UGUUAUAGCUUGAAUGAUUUUUGAAUGGUAGAGCACAUAAAUCUACACCCCCCCCACUGCUGCAUAGUAUUCCUCAGAAUAGAUACACCCUUAUUUAUUUUGCUAUUUCUCUACUGACUGAUGUUUUCUCUUCACCAGUAACAGUGCAGUGAAUAUCCUGACACUUGCCUCUUUGUGUGCACGUGUGACCACUUCUAUAGGGCAGAGUUCUAGAAGUGGAACUUCGGGAUCAGAAGGUCUGCUGGGUUUGAAUUUGGACAGAUACGGCCAAAUCACCCAUCCUGGCUGUCUACCAUUUACACUUCCACCAAGAGUAUAUGAAAAUGUCCACUUCCCGCACGUCUUGACCAUCCCUGGGGAUCACUGACUUAUUAUGAUCCUGUUUUUUUGUUAACCUGAUGGGUUUGAUAUACAUUUCUGGGGCUGCUGACCAGGUCAAGGAGGAUGUGGUACAUUUUGAAAACUGUGUUCAUUUCGGGAGACGGAGUUCCAGGCCUGGCUGGGACAUUGGCUCGCUGGGGAUCUCGGGGCAGUUGUCACCCCUCGCUGAGCUGUGGUUUCUUUCUUCAAUUCUAAAACGGGUCAGAUCUGGUUUCCUCUGGUGAGAUGAGGAGAGACAAAGAGCUUCCCCGGGGGUGGAAAAGCCUUGGGUCUGCCUUGGUGUUGUGUUUCCUACAGAGAAAGAAACUGAGGCACAUCAAAAGUCGGUUCCUCGCCCAGGUUUACGCAGCUUGUGGCAGUGCCGGUGGGGAUCCCGCUCGCCAGAUCCGGGUCUCAGCUUCCUCUCACUGCACAGCAGCUUGAGAGUAACAACUCCGACGGCAGCUGGCAUUGACCGAGGCACUCUGUCGGGGUGCAGGGAGGCGGAGAUGGCGCGGCUGUGGGCGGCGCAGGAGUUGGCAUUCCUACAGCACUGAGAAGCUGAGGGGCGCGUGGGGUCUGCUUGCAGUGUGUGCAACGUGCGCAUCGACCCCAGCAGCCUGUCCUUCAGCAUGUGGAAGGAGAUCCCCGUUCCGUUCUACCUCUCCGCCUACUUCUUCGAUGUGAUCAACCCCAAUGAGAUCCUGAAGGGCGAGAAGCCGCAGGUGCGGGAGCGUGGGCCCUAUGUGUACAGAGAGUUCAGGCACAAGAGCAAUAUCACCUUCAACGACAACGACACCGUGUCCUUCCUCGAGUACCGCAGCUUCCAGUUCGACCCCGCCAGAUCCCGUGGCUUGGAGAGCGACUACAUCAUCAUGCCCAACAUCCUGGUCUUGGGCGCGGCGAUGAUGAUGGAGAAUAAGCCCUUUGCCCUGAAGCUGCUCUUGACCAUGACGUUAAGCUCCCUUGGCGAACGCGCCUUCAUGAACCGCACCGUUGGCGAGAUCAUGUGGGGCUACGAGGACCCCCUUGUGAACCUCAUCAAUAAGUACCUCCCAGGCACGCUCCCCUUCAGCAGCAAGUUCGGGUUGUUUGCCGAGCUUAACAACUCCCAUUCCGGGCUCUUCACCGUGUUCACGGGGGUCAGAGACUUCAGCAGGAUCCACCUGGUGGACAAGUGGAACGGCCUCAGCAAGGUCAACUACUGGCAUUCCGACCAGUGCAACAUGAUUAACGGAACUGCCGGGCAAAUGUGGGCGCCAUUUAUGACUCCUGGAUCCUCGCUGGAAUUCUACAGCCCUGAGGCCUGCCGGUCCAUGAAGCUGAUCUACAAGGAGUCGGGGAUGUUUGAAGGCAUCCCCACCUACCGCUUUGUGGCCCCCAGCACCUUGUUUGCCAACGGGUCUGUCUACCCACCUAACGAAGGCUUCUGCCCGUGCCGGGAGUCGGGAAUCCAGAAUGUCAGCACCUGCCGGUUCAAUGCGCCCUUGUUUCUGUCUCAUCCUCACUUCUACAACGCGGACCCAGUUCUGGCAGAGGCGGUGCUCGGCCUCCAGCCCGACCCAGAAAAACAUGCCUUGUUCCUGGACCUGCACCCGGUCACAGGGAUCCCCAUGAACUGCUCCGUGAAACUGCAGCUGAGCCUCUACAUCAAGUCUAUCAGAGGCAUUGGACAAACUGGGGAAAUCAAGCCUGUGAUCCUGCCCCUGCUGUGGUUUCAAGAGAGCGGGACGAUGGAGGGUGAUACACUUCGGUCGUUCUACAUUCAGCUGGUGCUGAUGCCCAAAGUGCUUCAGUACUCCCAGUACGUCCUCCUUGCCCUGGGCUGUGCCCUGCUGCUCAUCCCCAUCGUCCACCAACUCCGGAGCCAAGAGAAAUGCUAUUUAUUUUGGAGUAGUAGUAAAAAGGGCUCAAAGGAUAAGGAGGCCAUUCAGGCCUAUUCAGAAUCCCUGAUGACCUCAGCUCCCAAGGGCACAGUGCUGCACGAAGCAAGACUGUAGGGCCCCGAAGAUGCCAAGAGCCAGCCAAGCCAGGCUGCUCCGCCAGACCAGCACCCCGGCCCUUGUACCCCGCUUCUCCAGGACUCCCUCAGUGGACAACAGCCCACCAGUCCCAAAGCCUGAGCACCCUGGUUUCCA